AAAACCUCAUACUUUCCUCAUCAGCCUUUAAAAAGGCCUUGCCUCUUCCAAUUCUCGGAAUUCACAACACCAAUCAAGAGGAAUUCUACUUGAUUACUAAUGGGUGGUCGGAGGAAACAGAGAGGUGAAGACCAUUAUCAAGAAGUUCAUGGGAGGAGGUGGCAGAGCAGGAAGCCACCGCUAGGCACUUGGAAACCGAGUGUACCUUCAUGGGAGAAGAAGUUCUGCGCUUCAGUUGGCUCGGUUUCAUGGCAGAAGCUAAUGGAAAGCCAAAGGUUCAAAAACAUGUAUAAAACUGUGAUUAACUGGGAUGACUCUGCCGUUGAAGAGGCAUUUCACAGUGCUAAAAGUCGGUUUUGGGCACAGAUUAAUGGCCUUCCUUGUGAUAUCUCAUUGCCUGAUCCUGAUAUUUAUAUCGAUGAAAUUGAUUGGGACUCUGUCAUUGACCCAGAGCUGAUUUUGGACUUGGAACGGGAACCCGAGGUUCACGAUCAGACAGAUAAUGGCGAGCAUGUCAUCAUUCUCAGUGAUUCUUUCUUACAGGAACAUUAUUCACUUGUGCCUGUCAUUGGAUGGGGACCAGAGGAGAACUUUCCAAUGCCUACCAAUUAUGAGUUAGAUCCACAACUUGGGAAUGACAGCCAGAACUUGGAUGGUAACAAGAAUCAAUGGGAACCCAAUUGGGGUGAGAAUAUUAAUGAACGUGAGUAUGGUUGGAACAAUUCAUGGGCACAGAAUCAGCUGGAGAAUAAUUUGUUGAACAAGAACUAUGAUGGGUCGAAGAACAUGGAUUGUGGAACUGGAUGGGGACUUAGUUGGAGCGGUUCAUUGGAACAGAACCGGCUGGGGAAUAACGUUGAUUUGUUGAACAAGAACUAUAAUGAGUCGAAUAACAUGGAUCGUGGAACUGGAUGGGGACUUAGUUGGAGCGGUUCCUUGGAACAGAAUCGGCUGGAGAGUAAUGGUGAUUUGUUGAAUAAGAACUCUAACAAGUCAAAGAACGUGGAUCAAGGAGCUUUUGGAGCCGGAUGGGGAUAUGUUUGGAAUGACUCAUGGGGACAAAACCAGCUAGAGAAUAAGGAUGCUGUGUGGAACAAGAACUAUAAUGAACCAAAGAAUGCGGGUCGUGGAACUGUUAGAGACUGGGGAAUGAAGGACCGAGAGGGGAAGAAAAGAGAAGGCACUGGAUGGAACAUGUCGAGGUAUAAGACAUCCCGAUUUCAUGGUAAUGAACAUAGUACAGAUCGCGGAUGGAGGACUGGAAGAUGGCAAGGGAAGCUUAAUUUUGCUUAUGAGCAACCACAUAGAAACCAAAUGCCCCAUACAAAUCAGUGAACUGGAGUGAACUAUUAUGGGCCAAUGAACCAGAGCCAUCGUUGGGAAAGCAGGAACCUGUGCAGUUUUGAGAAGCAAAUUUUGCAAGCAAGAGCCUAUACCGUUGUAGGCAGUUUCUUAUACUCAAGUAAGUGUUAAAAUCAUUAGUGUUCUAUAUAAACAUCGGCAUGCCCAAGUAAUUACAAGAUAAGGAUUGGCAUGCCCAAGUAAUUACAUGAUAAGGAUGAUAUGCUGCUGUGCGAUGACAGUGUAUCAUGUAGCCUGUGUUGCAGUUUUGUCAGUUGAUCUGGAGAACUCAUUUGGGGUUCUGAGUAUGUCUUGUAGUGUUAAGAGGGAGAGUCUGCUGCAUUUGAAAGGUUGGCAGUCGUUCGUUACUGUAAAAAACAUUUGUUCAUUGUUUCCAGAAUUAUCAGGACAAUAAUAAUAAAGGGUCAUAUAUAAGUAACAUUGUCAGGUGCAGUGGAGAAGACUGUAAACUCAUUACAGGAGUGAUUUACUCCUCAAGUUUGUUGAAAGAUUUGGCCUUGUCCUUUAAAAGUUCAUCAUCUCAUCUUGUUUUUCCCAGAAACUAAAUGAAGCUCUCCUUGUUUAAUUAUCAUCAAUGGCUUGGCCCUA